AUGUGUCAGGGAAUGACUGAUUAAGCCACCAAAAAAAAAAAAAAAAAAACACCAUCUGCAAGAAGACCACUGACAAAAGGAGCUAUUUCUCAUAGUGACUCCAGCUCACCCACUCACAGAGUCCUCUCAAGCCUGGUUAUCAAAUCCGCUCAGUGACAUCAUGGACCACAGGACGGAAGUAAAAUACAAUAAAAAGAAGAUGGGGAGGUUUAGUGUCUGGUGAAGGGAAGAGAGUGUCAGGGAGAUUCUCAAAGACGAUGGAGAGAAACCGAGCGAUGAUCGUGGUCAUUCUGCUCAUUGCAGUUCCAGCAAAAGGUCACAUUCUGGACGUGUGUGCCACCUGCCACUCUAACGCCAAUUGUGACGACAAGUCAGAAGGCUCUGGCAAAGUUUGUAACUGCAAGUACGGCUUUGUUGGAAACGGGAGAACCUUCUGUCAAGAUAAAGAUGAGUGUCAGAUAGAUGCCAAUCAGAUCUGUGGGCAGCACACCACCUGCCAGAACACAUAUGGCAGCUACUACUGCACCUGCCUGGCUGGCUACAGCCCUUCUAACGACAUGGCCGUCUUCAUCCCAAAUGAUGGAACCCACUGCCAGGACAAUGACGAGUGCAGGAUCGCAGGCUCAUGUGGAGCUGGAGCUCAGUGCAGGAAUCUUGAGGGCAGUUUUGACUGCAGCUGCCAGCUGGGGUAUCAAGUCCACAACGGAGUGGAGCCCUUCCACCCUCCCAGAGACAAAGCUUCCUGCAAAGUGGUUGACUGUGGCCAGCCUGCCUCAGUGGAGGACACAGUGCUGCUGUCAGUCACAGGCACCACAUACAGCAGUGUGGCCACGUUUGUCUGUGAUGAAGGCUUUGUGUGGAGGAGUGGAGACAACAGCUCUGUGUGUGGAGCUGAUGGACUGUGGAAAGGACCCAACAUGGUCUGUGAAGAGGUUGACUGUGGCUCUCCCGCCGCCCUCCCUCACUCUCAUGUGCUGUGGAAUAAGAGUUCAAGGAUGGGCACCGAGGUGGUUUAUCAGUGUAACUCUGGAUAUCAUAAUGUUGGAAAGGGCAAUGUAUCCAUCUGUACUUCUGCUGGACAGUGGGAGAGACCGCCUGUGCUCUGUCAAGAGGCCAUGUGUGGAAGUCCUCCUGUGAUUGAAUCCACUGAGCAGGUGUGGGACAGUCAUUCAACCCUUGGCAGCACUGUGCUCUAUGUUUGUAAAGCGGGCUUUUAUUACAAAGGAGGACUCAAUAUAUCGAUGUGUAAUGAAAACGCUCAGUGGACACCCCCAACUCUGUUGUGUCAAGAGGUAUUGUGUGGGGAUCCUCCUACACUGCCUCACACUGGGCAAGUGUGGAAUGGCAGCUCCAGCCCUGGAAGCACAGUGACUUACUACUGUAAAAUAGGAUUUUAUCACCGUGAAGGAAAUAACAUGUCAUUGUGCUCAAUUAAUGGUUACUGGACAAAACCAAACAUCUCAUGCAAAGAAGUUGACUGUGGUGUGCCACCACCCAUCCCCCACUCAGUCAUGCUGUGGGAUAAAAUCUCCACUUUGGGCUCUCAGGUUGUUUAUCAGUGUAACUCUGGAUACCGCCGUGUUGGGGAGGGAAACGUAUCCGUUUGUACUGCAAGUGGAGAUUGGGAUGGAGCCUCUCUGCUCUGUCAAGAAAUCAGUUGUCAGGAGCCUGUUUUUAAACCUCGUGCUAAAAUGCUAUGGGACGGCACAUCACACAUUGGCACUGUGGUGCAUUACCAAUGUGAGGAAGGAUAUUACACCACGAGCCUGAGAAACUACUCAGUAUGUGGAGAGAAUGGACUGUGGGAGGACAAUGAUCUAUGGUGUGAAGAAAUAAGAUGUGGCCCCCCACUAACACUCCCCCAUACUAACCUCCGGUGGGAUGGCACCAGUAGACCGGGCAGCGUGGUGCUGUAUGAGUGCAUGGAUGGAUUUUACCAGAUGAGUGGAAACAAUAUUUCGACAUGUUUACUAUCAGGACAGUGGGGGGAAGUAUCUGUGAAGUGCAAAGCCAAAUGUGGCCCAAUUCCCUUGCUUGCCCAAACAGAGGUGAUGUGGCAUAACAGGAGCGUUGUGAUCUACCGCUGUGUGGAUGGAUACCACAGCUGGAGGGGCAGCUACGCCUCUGUGUGUGGCAGCUCUGGGGUGUGGCUGAGAGCUACACUGAGAUGCAUAGAAAUAAAGCCACCUGUCAAUCACCUAUCUGUCCUCAAUGAAAAAUGUCUGCAUUGGAGAGCGGAGAAGUAUGAGGAGGAUGAAGAAGUAUACAAGGUAACAUACAUAGGAUCCAGAGACUACGAGAGGUCCUUUCAUGAUAGAGGGAAGAGGUGUCUGAGCUCUAAGGCAGACCAGCUGGAACUGUGUCUGAACCUGCUUCCAGUCACAAACUACAGCAUCUCCAUCAGCGCACUGUCUUCCAGAUUCACUGCCACCAUCUCCACUAACACCAGUUUAACAGUGCCUCCAGCACCAGUUGUCUACUACAGAGAAUUUGAGACUCCUGUCCCAACGUUGAGGCUACGAAGAUCCCCCAACACGCUGGACCCAAUCAGUUUGUACCAGGUGUUUGUGCUUCCUGUCGAGGAGAUUAUGAUGUUUGACUGUUCCUCUCCUGUGAGCUCAGACAUCUCCAUCAAAAUAAAGUCCUCAACAGAGUACAUCACUGCCCAGAUUGAUGUCGGACAUGUCAGGACAGACAUGAACUUUACUGUAGGAGAUGGACUCUACUAUGGAGGCUUCUUUAAUGCACCACUGGAGAACGGCAGGAACUAUUAUAUCAUCUUACGAGCUGUCAGUCAGUGGAAAUCGGCUUUAAAAAGUUCCUGUGUCCUGUGGGCUAAAGUAAGAGGUACAUCGUAUGUUCUGAGGGUUUCAUCUCUGUCUGCUGCUGCAGCCAUAGGACUGGUCGUCUUGGUCAUUUUGGUUGGAUACAGUUUCAACUGGUUUUUCAAGAGGACAUAACCUCCUUAGUUGUCAGUAUGACUAAUUAAAUUAUGGUCUUGAGUUUUUGUUUUGUAAUUUUUUUUAAUAAAUAAAAAUGUUUUCACUUAA